GUCCCUGUUGAAGGACCCUAACUACCAAACCUUACGAUCACCGGAGAUCCACCCCCACACACCACCACAGUACCAGCGCGGACACAUACGCACGGUGUGGUGUGGGAACGCACAAGAACAGAACAAGAAGGCAAGAACAGAGGGAGAAAAGGGGAGGAGCGGAAUUGAAAAGGCAGAAAAGGUCCAUCUUUCUCUCGCUAGACCCCGCGGACUCCACAGCCGCCGGCAAUGGCAGCCGCUUCCGAGAAGGCCAUCAAGCAGUUCGCCGCGCUCAUGGACCAGCUGGAGGAGCCGCUCAAGACCACAUUCCAGAACGUGCAUCAAGGAUACCCAAGAGGGACUCUGGUGCGAUUUCUAAAGGCCAGAGACUGGAGUGUUCCCAAAGCUCAUAAAAUGCUGAUGGAUUGCUUAAAUUGGAGGAUACAUAAUGAGAUUGACACUGUGCUAUCUAGACCCAUAGUGCCAUCUGAUUUAUACAAGGCUAUUCGGGAUACGCUACUUGUUGGAUUGACGGGAUCCUCCAAGCAGGGACAACCUGUUUAUGCAUUUGGCGUUGCUCUCAGUACCUUUGACAAGGCUUCGGUGAACCACUAUGUGCAGUCACACAUACAGAUGAACGAAUAUCGAGACCGUGUUGUCCUGCCUGCUGCAUCGAAGAGGUUCGGGAGACAGAUUAGUACCUGCUUGAAGGUUAUGGAUAUGACUGGCCUGAAGUUGUCUGCAUUGAGCCAGAUAAAGAUGUUGACCAUGAUUACAACUGUUGAUGACCUUAAUUAUCCUGAGAAAACGGAGACCUAUUACAUUGUGAAUGCUCCAUAUGUUUUUUCGGCAUGUUGGAAGGUUGUGAAGCCACUUUUACAAGAAAGAACUAAAAAGAAGAUCCAAGUCUUGUAUGGCUCCGGAAGGGAUGAGUUAUUGAAGGUUAUGGACUACCAGUCACUUCCACACUUUUGCAAGAGAGAAGGGUCAGGUUCAUCCAACGAGUCACUCGACGGAGUUGAUUGCUACUCCUACGAUCACCCUUUCCACCAGCAGCUGUACAACUACAUGAAGCAGCAAUCUCUGAACCAGGACUUUGUUGGUCCCACAAAGCAAGGCUCGUUCCAUGUGGAUGUGCCCACACCUGACCUAGAGGAGGUCAAGAUCGUGGAGACUAUCCAGUCGGAGCUCCACGGUUUGAGGGGAAGCAAUGGGCUCUCCCACUCAUUCAACAGAAUCAAGAUUGAAGGUCCAUGAGGGCGCGACGGUCCAUGGAGAUGAGAUAUUCAGCUUAUCUGGACCCCAGGAACCUAUGCUGGGGUUGUAGUACCUCUUGCUUGCAAUCUCUGGCUGCAGGCUUGAUUAGGACGAGUAGAGAGUGUAGCAGAGAAUGCGAUUCUAAUAACCGAGUCUGUGUUAUCCAAGAUUGUCGUUUCUAGUUUACCUAGUGACUAUCGUUGUAUUUCAUGCUUAUGGCAUGGAAAUGUGAUGCUUCCACCCAUGAAAGGAGUGUUCCCUAUGUAUCCAUGAAUGUAUAUAAGCCAUAAUAGCCAAUUUUGUCUCUGAACUCUGCUGAGAGACUCAAAUUAGUCCUUAACCUAUCAAAUCAGCGAAUUUAUUCUCUGAAUUUUGUUUA